AAUGGUAAUUCGAGUACUCUUUUUAUCCAAUCAAGACUGCUGUGUCUUUCUUCCUUGUUUGGUUUCAUUGUGCUCUCUUUUGCAUCUCACAAUCCAAAAAACCCUAAUUGUGAAUUGAAUUGAAUUCACCGUCGCCUUAAAUUUUUGGUUCAUUUCUUGUUCCAAACUCCCAUUUUACUGCAUCUUUUGAUUUUAUGGGUUUCAGAUAUUUCCCAUGUUCUCACUGAACUAGUUGCUUUUCUUCAUAAAUACGGUCUGCAUUUCACAAGUAUCCAGUUUUUGAAUUGGGGUUGUAAAUCUUCAUUGAAUUUCAUCAUUUGUUGUCCUCUGGUUUAUUUUUGUGAUACUUAUCUGAAGGUGCAGCUCACUUGGCUACUUUUGGUGUCUGUCUCUUUCUGUUCUUACUAGCUCUCUGGUCUGACAAAUCUGCUUCCCAUAAUUUUAGCCUACAAAUUAACCAGUCACCUCUUUUGUAGAAAUUGUUCAGAUCCCAAUUUCUAGAAUUAUUAUGUAGAAUUCCAUGGCCAUGGAAAUGGGUAUUUUAGGUUAGAAUUUGGAGUACUCUUGUAGGUUCAUUUUCGGGUUCUUCCUGUUGCUGAAGCACACCAUAACACCUCUAGCAAGUGUAAAUGUCAGCUGAUAAAUCGGACGAUAGCUCCGCGUGGAGUAGAGACCAGGAUAAGGCAUUUGAGAAUGCCUUGGCAACUUAUCCGGAGGAUUCUUCUAAUCGGUGGGAGAAAAUAGCCGCGGAUGUUCCAGGGAAAUCUUUGGAAGAGAUUAAGGAUCACUAUGAGCUCUUAGUUGAUGAUGUUAACCGGAUCGAUUCUGGCUGUGUACCUCUGCCUCCCUAUAAUUCCUCCUCUGACGGUUCGACAAGUCAUGCUGGUGAUGAAGGAACUGGUAAGAAGAGUGGGCAUUCUGGGCAAUUGAAUAGUGAUUCCAAUCAUGGAGGCAAGACUUCAAGGUCAGAUCAGGAGCGCCGCAAAGGGAUUGCUUGGACAGAGGAAGAGCACAAGUUAUUUCUUCUCGGUUUGGAAAAAUAUGGGAAAGGUGAUUGGCGAAGUAUAUCCCGACAUUUUGUGGUGACGAGAACACCUACGCAAGUGGCGAGCCAUGCACAGAAGUACUUCAUUCGUUUAAAUUCUAUGAAUAAGGAUAGAAGGCGAUCAAGCAUUCACGAUAUCACCAGUAUUAGUGGUGAGGACAUUUCGGUGCCCCAAGGACCAAUUACUGGUCAAACAAAUGGUUCUGCUGCGGGAGGUUCGUCUAGCAAAUCAAACAAGCAGUCUCCUCAAGGGCCAACUGCUCUCGGCAUGUAUGGUGGAACGAGUAUAGGGCAACCAAUAGGAGGACCAGCAGUUGGCACACCAGUGAAUCUUCCUCCACCAGCACACUUGGCAUAUGGUGUUGGAGCUCCAUAUCCAGGAGCAAUGGUUUCCGGUGCCCCGGUGAACAUGGGUUCCAUGGCAUAUCCAAUGUCACACACAUCUGCCCAUAGGUAAUGCGCCGUGUAUUUGCAGGCCAAAAGACUAUACAGCUCAUGUUCAUUGGGUAUUAUUGGGUGUUAUCCUCAACUUGAACCAGAAUAAUGUUGCUUAUGUGUAGACUGAAGCUGCCUAUGAGACGCACAUCCAAAUUCUCUCAUCAAAUUUGAAUAAGCCAUAGGAGAAACUGCAUGCAUCUGUAUAGGCAGCCACGGGUGAUGUGGCACUGUUUAGGGGUAGGACAGAUUCUAAUUUCUUUUGGUUCUAUAUACAUUUCAUUUGUUGAAGUAAUCUUUUGGCAAUAGUUGUAAAGAGCUCUUGAUCUUUCUUCUUCUUC